AUGAUAGAGGCACUUGAAGUAGCCGAACACGCGCAUCCACUAAAGCUCAUUGAUUUGCAGCAAGAAUACAAAGAAGAAGAAGAAGAUGAUGAUGAUAAUGAAGAAGAAGAAGAGGGUGGUGAUCAGAUUGCAAAAAAAGAGGUGUUUGGAGCUGUCACAUGUAGGAGGUGUAGGGAAGAAAUACAUAUGUACCAUAGGUACUACUACACAUGUUGUUCAUCAUCAUGUGAUAAGAAGGUCUUCACAUUUCAUAAAUUCUGUGCUGAGCUCCCAUCAACGUUAGAGCACCUAUCACACCCAUCAUAUCUUCUUCGCCUGGUACCAUUUCCAUAUUCAUAUGUAGAUUCAUUUCCUCGGAUAUGCAAUAUUUGUAAGAGAAAUCACAAGCCUACAGAACAUCGUUACAAAUGUCAUAAUAGAUGUGAUUUCUCCAUUGAUGUCAAGUGUGCCUUGGAAGUAGGAAAAAAUAUCAUUUAUCAUCCAUGCCACCCUCACGUGCUAAUUUGUGCUAUCCCUAAGCCCAUAUUAUGCGAGUGUAGUGCUUGUGGGAAGGAACAUAAAGGGGUCUUCUAUCAAUGUACCACUUGUGGUGGCUUCACCAUUCACAACGAUUGUGCUUUCCUACCAGAAAAAUUGUUCAUCCAAGAGAGAACAGAUGGUGCUUUUCAUCAUACUCAUCCCCUCACUAUUUCGUAUUCCUUCCCAUUGAUUGAUCAAGAUGCCAAACAUCAUCCUAGAUGCAGAGUAUGUGGUGAUGAUUUCCGUGGUACGCAAAAUCUUUGGAUCUACAAAUGCGAUAGAUGUCUGUACUAUGCCCAUUUGGAUUGCGUGAGUGUGUCGCCUCCAACUGCUGGCUUUGGGAAAACCAUUAAAAAUUAUGAAGAUGUUGACCAUCCUGGUCUUCUCCAUCUCCCGUUUCCCGAUGAAACAUACAGCCUACCAAAACACUAUUUGUUUUUCCAACAAACCACUAUUGAUCAUCGUCAUCAUAAGAUUAAGGUGGAUGAUCACCUAACACAUGACAGUCAUCAACACCCUUUAAUUCUAGUUGAUGGUGAGACACAAAUUGAUAUCGAUGGCCAAACCCCCUCAAACAUUAUGUUUUCAUUAUCAAUGUGUCAUAACCCAAUGAAAAAGACCCAACUGUUAUGCAAUGGAUGUCUCAGACCAAUCACAGUUACCAUGAGGUUUUACGUGUGUGCUCAACAGAGUUGCAACAACUUUGCUCUCCAUGAAUGGUGCACUCGACUUCCCCCAAAAAUAGAAAACCACCCGUCCCACCCACAACAUACCCUCCAUCUCUUAUAUUCAAACGACCUUCCUCGCUAUUUCGGUGUGUUCUAUUGUGAUGUUUGUCGUCUACCUUGUAAUGGAUUUUCUUAUCAUUGUGUCGAAUGUGGAUACCAUGUUGAUGUUACUUGUGGUUUUAUACCUAAAGAAAUCACACAUGAAGCUCAUCCCAAUCACAUCCUUUCAUUGGCUCAAAAUAAAAAUGCAAGUGCUCUUUGUCUAAUGUGUCUCCAACGUCUUUCUCUAGGACGAUUUUCAUUCUAUUGCAAUACAUGUGCUUUAUGUAUACAUCUCGAAUGUGCUUUGUUACUACCCGAGACAAUCAGGCAUAAGUAUGACAAGAAGCAUCCCAUGCACCUAAGUUACCUCCCAAUUGAGAAUCAUAAGAGUGAAUACUUUUGUGAAAUUUGUGAGAACGAUUUGAAUCCUCAUGCAUCUUUCUAUCAUUGUAAAGAUUGUGCUCAGUCUAUACAUACUGAGUGUGCUUCGUUAAUUCUUCAAUGCGAGACAGAGACCUAUGCCGUGCAUACCGCGUGUCCAGGAGGCACUCACUCUUAUGUGAAUAUAAAGUUUGGAGACAUUUAUAACACCAAUCGUCACGAACACCCUAUCUUGUUUGCUCAAGGCCGGACGGAGUGGGAGCGGGGAAGCCAUGCGGGAACCUUCCCGCUGGCGGAACACUGCACCGUCGGUGCGGGGAAGAAGCCACAACGAAACGGGAAGGAAAUGAGCAAAAGCCACAGCGAACACAGCAGCAUCCGCGAACCUCGACGCUCCGAUCAUUUACGUUGGGUACGCGACUCUUCAUCAUCGUCGGCAGUGAGACGGGGACUAUGGGUGUUCUGGUGCUCCUUCGGUGGUUUCCGGCUUCAACAAACAAGGAGGCGGCAUUCAGAAAUCAUAGAAAUGAGGGUGUUGGCCAAAGGUGGAGGGAGGUAUAAGGAUGGUGGUGGCUGA